AUGGCCGAACGGACACAGGUCCGAACGGACACAGGUCCGAACGGACACAGGUCCGAACGGACACAGGUCCGAACGGACACAGGUCCGAACGGACACAGGUCCGAACGGACACAGGUCCGAACGGACACAGGCCCGAACGGACACAGGCCCGAUCGGAUACAGGCCCGAUUGGACACAUAUGAUUGCAAUCGGACACCGUCCCGAUCGGACACAGAUACAGGUCCGAACGGACACAGGUCCGAACGGACACAGGUCCGAACGGACACAGGUCCGAACGGACACAGGUCCGAACGGACACAGGUCCGAACGGACACAGGUCCGAACGGACACAGGUCCGAACGGACACAGGUCCGAACGGACACAGGUCCGAACGGACACAGGUCCGAACGGACACAGGUCCGAACGGACACAGGUCCGAACGGACACAGGUCCGAACGGACACAGGUCCGAACGGACACAGGUCCGAACGGACACAGGUCCGAACGGACACAGGUCCGAACGGACACAGGUCCGAACGGACACAGGUCCGAACGGACACAGGUCCGAACGGACACAGGUCCGAACGGACACAGGUCCGAACGGACACAGGUCCGAACGGACACAGGUCCGAACGGACACAGGUCCGAACGGACACAGGUCCGAACGGACACAGGUCCGAACGGACACAGGUCCGAACGGACACAGGUCCGAACGGACACAGGUCCGAACGGACACAGGUCCGAACGGACACAGGUCCGAACGGACACAGGUCCGAACGGACACAGGUCCGAACGGACACAGGUCCGAACGGACACAGGUCCGAACGGACACAGGUCCGAACGGACACAGGUCCGAACGGACACAGGUCCGAACGGACACAGGUCCGAACGGACACAGGUCCGAACGGACACAGGUCCGAACGGACACAGGUCCGAACGGACACAGGUCCGAACGGACACAGGUCCGAACGGACACAGGUCCGAACGGACACAGGUCCGAACGGACACAGGUCCGAACGGACACAGGUCCGAACGGACACAGGUCCGAACGGACACAGGUCCGAACGGACACAGGUCCGAACGGACACAGGUCCGAACGGACACAGGUCCGAACGGACACAGGUCCGAACGGACACAGGUCCGAACGGACACAGGUCCGAACGGACACAGGUCCGAACGGACACAGGUCCGAACGGACACAGGUCCGAACGGACACAGGUCCGAACGGACACAGGUCCGAACGGACACAGGUCCGAACGGACACAGGUCCGAACGGACACAGGUCCGAACGGACACAGGUCCGAACGGACACAGGUCCGAACGGACACAGGUCCGAACGGACACAGGUCCGAACGGACACAGGUCCGAACGGACACAGGUCCGAACGGACACAGGUCCGAACGGACACAGGUCCGAACGGACACAGGUCCGAACGGACACAGGUCCGAACGGACACAGGUCCGAACGGACACAGGUCCGAACGGACACAGGUCCGAACGGACACAGGCCCGAACGGACACAGGCCCGAUCGGAUACAGGCCCGAUUGGACACAUAUGA